AUGAAGUGCACUGGAGUCGUUGAAGAUCGCUUUGCGAGUGCUGGCGUGGAACGUGCUGACGGGAUUGAAAAGCCUUGGAUGAAGGACAGCCAUGCGAGCAAGCAGGGUGACCACAGUCAUGACCAUGUUUCGAAACUCAUCGAGGUACUUCGAGAGUUGUACAGUAACUUCACGAACGGAAUUUCGCCAUUCUACAAGAAUAUCAUCAUUGACGUGAAGAGGGGGGUCCGACAGGGUGAUACAAUCUCACCCAAAAUAUUCACAGCCGCCCUCGAGAACUCAAUGCGAAAGUUGGAAUGGGAAGACAUGGGAGUGAAAGUUGAUACUGAAUCUGCAAAAAACGAUGUUCAUGGCAACGGAUGGGUCUCGGAUGCCCCAUUCACGCUUAACGGAACGAACAUAUGGGAGUGCACCAGCUACGUUUAUCUGGGUGGGGAAAUGAACAUGAUGAACGAUCUGACCCCUGAGCUGGGCAGGAGGGGACGAGCGGAGUUAGAAGUGUAUAAGAGCAUCGAGGAUGUAGUGAAGAAGACCAUGAACAGCCGGCUCCGUGCUCACCUCUUCAACACCACCGUACUUCCUGCUUUGAUCUCUGCUUCGGAAACAUAG